UGUCAUGGCGCCGUUUCAAAUUGUAGUCAAGCUUUUGUCAAAACAUUCACAGAAACUUUGUGUUUUAAUUAGCUUUAAGUAAUGUUAACGCUUCAUAUAUUCAAAAUCAAUAAGGUUACGCUUUUUUUUCUUGCUACUGUGAGGAUGUUUACGUUGCGAUGACCGCACAUUUCUUACACGGUGAUCCAGUUUAUUUCUCUAGACAGCAAAGUCCAGAGAGAGGCUGGGUUGCUGUUGGUUCAGCUAUGAACCAAAACUACAAACUAACUCCUGGGACGCCCCAAACCAAGCUGUUGUUCAAUGAAGGCAUCCCUGCAAGUGCCCUCAACCGUGCCACUCUCGUCGGCCCUCCAGCCCCCAUUGUGAUAGAGAGAUGGCUGCCAAGGUCAGAGAUGUGUGAAAGUGACAACAGCACCAGUAGCUCCUUCAGCUUCACCACAAUCUCUGAGGAAAGACUCCAGGCCGCUAUUAAUCUGGCCAAGAGAGAUCUAAGGCGAAGGCACCGUGAGUCACUUAGGAAAUUAUCUGCUGAACCUUUGGAAGAUGACUCUCUUUUUGAAACCAGCGGUGUGGAGCCAUUUCAGAAACAAGGAGCCACUCCAAGCAAAACAAAGCCAAAGACCUCUUCUCCAAAAGAGAAGGCAUUUCAACAUGUUUCCAAACAGUUUGCUUUGAAAAAAUAUCCCACUUCCUCCAAGCCUUGUGCUGGUAAGUCUCCUCCGACUAGAGAUCCUGGUCUGAUGCUGGAAGAAAGAGGCAAACAGGCUCCUUUAAGCCAUGAGAUCUGCAAGCUGCAAAAUGAGUUGGAAGUGUACAUUCAAAAAGUGGAGGAGCUAUCUAACAGAGGGCAGAAAACAGAAGGGCUUUUGGAACCUGAAGAGCAAAGCAAGUUGGAUAUGCGCAGACAGAAGCAGGCAGCCCGCUCAUCACGAGUCAUUUAUGUUCUUCAACAACAGGUGAAAGAGAUACAAGAAGAUAUUGAAAAACUACGAAGGGAGAAAAUGUGGGAAACCAAAAAGUCCAGUGCAAUAAACAGGCUUGCAGCUGCCCAUCGUGGGGCACUAAGGGCCUUACAGGUUAUAAUCCAGCAACUCUCAGACCUGUCACACAGCAAACUGCCACCUCACUGUAAAGAAAUGGGUCAGCUGAUUCGUCAGCUCUCUUUGUGCUCAGCUAAGGUCGGACUGGGCUCGGCUGUGCCUGAGACGGCCCUCGACAUCCUGCAGAAACUAGAGAUUCUGGAUUCUGCUUUAAGCAAACAAGAAAUGCUGGAAAACAUACAGGCCCAAUCAUGUCCUCCACGUAGGAAGUCUCCUCAUCGCAGCAUGUCACCUUCAACUGCACCCAAGGGUCCCAGCGUGGUAACUGCUGGAAGGACUAUUAAACCCACAAAUCCCAAAAGAGUUGUUCGCGGGAGAAGAAUGGCCUCACAAAAGCCUAAAACAUCUUCUCAAAAGCCCGUAAACAGACAAGAGGUGCUGAGGUCUGUCCUGAAAAUGAUCGGCCAGCAGAGGGAGCUGGAAGAUCUGCAGGAACAAUCUCAAAUGAAGGCUACCUACAGAAAAGGACCUCACGCAGAGAAAAGAAAGGCUGGCGUAAUAAAGGUGCAACAUGCCGGCUUCCAGCAGCCUACAGUUUCCUCUCGACUCAGAGUGAACCAGCUCCCUCAAAAAGAGCAAACCGUGCCCUGGAUACCAACAUCCCCCCACUCUCCUCCUCCACAGCGCAGAUCCCCUCAGAGGGGGAGAGCAGAGCCUCGCUGUCUCUUCUCAGCAGCGGAGCCCUCACUGAGCCCUCCAAAGCAGCAGGUGGGAGGUGGAUUGGAGGCACAGCUGACUCUGAGCUCAACAAAGAGGAGAGAAGCUCAGACUGAAGCAUUAAAGUCUGAAGUCAGUUCGAUACCUCAGUGGGCUGAGCAGAAGGCCAGAGAAAGAGUUCAACCUCUUCUGAUGGAAGCACAGACUGAUGAGACCAGGAACAGGAUCAACACGUCACUGAGGAGUCGGCUCACUGAGCAGGGAGUAGAGAGGGCAGCAGAGAACAUUGAGGAGCUAAGCGAGGCGCUCCUGGAGGAUCUGUUGGAGGACAGCGCUCGGGUAGCGUGGGCAGCUGAGACUGAUAAGCAGUUGGAGGGCUUGGCUCAGUGUAGGCUGCAAGCCCCCACCUUGGAGAGCAUGCUGCUUCGUAUGGAGGAGAUACAGAGGGAUGAGGAAGAAGUGAGAAGACGGUUUGCCUCCAUAACCUACUCGGACCCGCUUUUCUGGGAUCGGCCAGGAGUAACGGCCCCCCAGGGCCACGCUUCAGGAUCCAGGCCAGCCUCUCCUCAGCCAAUUAGGCUCACAAGGCCGGGGCUGAAACAGACUCCUGCAGUUGAUAUUGUCCUCAAGAAACCUGUGGAGAUUGGGCACAGUUUCCUGUUCGAGAACAGCCCAACGGGGAAGACAUCCCAAGACGAACAGAUGCCCACAAACAACUCUGUGUUUCAUAACUCUGCAGAGAGGCACAAGGCAACUGUUAUCUCAGUGCCGGGCAACAUGCUGAGAAACAUCCAGCGUUACCGGGACGACUAUGAUGCUUACCUGCGCACUGUGGCUCACGGGACCGUCUACAACUUUGACCCGUGGGCUUUGGCAGACAGCCUGGCAGAGGAGUUGCUGUCGGAGGCGCUGGCUGAUGUGGCUGCAGAGUUUCAGGAUGUGGCGGAGGAGUACGCUGAGGCGGUCUUCACCUCAGAGUUCCUGCAGCCCAUCCAUUCACCUCCUGCUUCAACUACAGCUUUGGUCAGCCAAUAGGAUGCUACGGUUCAAUAGGGAUCCAGAAAAUAUAUACUUGACUGUGAGUGAGUGAGUGUGUGUAUGUAUUUGUAUAUUUUUUUUCCCACCAGGUACAUUUUUUUGACCAAGGAGUAUGAUUAUUUAUUUUUUUAAAGAGCUUUACUCUUGUGCAUAUUUCACUAUGGAAUGAAUUUAUUUAAUGUUUGUAUGUCUGUGUUGCACUACUUUGUUGAGACAACAUAAGGAUUUAUAUCACUAGGAUUUUAGGCAUUAUUACUGAAGCUGCAGCAGCUGAGAUUAAUGAAUUGCAAAGGGAAUGUUGGUUUCUCCAGUCUUGAUGGUCCGUUUGUAUUUGUGAUUUAAUUCCUCCGGGAAAGUUAGUUGAGGGUAGAUAAGCUUGAACGCACCAUUAUGACAUUACAGAGGAUUAUAAGAUUACUGUCCUCCUUUUUCAAUCCGUUUGAAUAUCCCAGAGGAUUACUCACACUUUCUAUUUUCAUGUUGAAAUAUAAAAAGAAAUGAUAAUUGGAUCUGGUCUCCAAAAAGUGUAGCAAUCCAAGGUCAUCAUAUGUUUAAUCUGAUCAUCUUCUAACAAUAUUAGCUUCACAGAUUCAACAGGAUUUACAAACAUUCUUAAAAUCAUUUUGAAAGCCUGUAACUUUUAUUUGUGCUGCUGUCAUUUUUAUUUGUGCAGUUUUUCCUCUCUGCCUACGUACCUCUCCCAUGUAUGAGAUGGAUUUCAUGUUAAACGUGGAUUGUUUGAUCCAUACUAGUCAUGAUCAUGCGUGUAUGCCUUGCAAACUGUGAUUUCCUGCAUUCUUGAUUCUGCUCUGUAGAGCCUGAACAGCCAUUACACAGCAGAAAUCCAUCUUUCAGUCUCUUUUUUUGAAUAAAAGGAAACGUAGCUAUGUUGGUCC